AUGAAAACGGCGGUGGAAAAUGGUUACGCUGAGCCUUUGGCUUGGCACGGAAUCGGAAAAAAUGUUAAAGGUAUUGGGCGAUGCCUGCUGCCUAACAUUGACAAGAAAGGUUCAACCAGCGUUCAAGGUUCAUUAUACAUUCAGUGUAAACAGGAAGAAAGAGAAACGAAAAAAGCUAUCACUUUUAUGCCUAAUAGUGUUAAAAUAGCCGAUUCAAGUGGCUUAACUUACACUAUAAAGCAAUUCGAAAGAAACACGGUAUCUUUCGACGUAAGAGAAGACUUUUUGAUAGAUGGCGGUGCUUAUAUGAAAGAUGUUGUGGUAACUUUUAUUGACAAAAAAGAAUACAAGGAAAGGCGAGUUACUUUAUUAGGAACUCGGGAAACACUAGAAGAAAUGAAACCAGGAGACCAUUUAGUAACAUUUGGUAGAGGAUAUUGGAAAAGCAACAAACCUUUUGGCAUAGUAAUAAGGAGAAAAGGCAACCGCUAUCACCGGAUAGGUUUAGUAGAAUUUCAAAAAGGAACUGAGAAAGAAUUAAAACAAAUAACCAAAGAUGAGGAAUUAACCAUUUGA